CACAAAAAUAUUUCCUGAAAAAGUAGUAAGGAAGUUUUCUAACCAUUUGUUCUUGCCCUUGAGCGAAACUCUAAUAAAAUGCUCGACCGGUUUCUUCCAGUAUAGAUCUAGUUUAGCAGAUAAAAUGGACGUAGUCUUCUGACACUCACUUGAAUUAGAAUUGUUUCCAGUGAUACUUUUCCAAGGACCAUGGAUAAAAGACGUCUUUUAAAAAAGAAAGAGUCUGGCUUGAACGAAGGGAUAGCAGGUCGAUAUGUGAAAAGAGACACACCUCCACUCUUGAGAAAUUACCACACUCCAGUUAGACAAGGAACGUCUUUUCAGAGGAUUGGUGGUCGAAAUGCUAAAAUGCCAGCAUCAUACAUUCCUCAUACGCAGUCCACACCUCAUUUGCCUAGUCCUUUGGCAUCGCAGGCGCUGCAAGUCCCCAGGCCCUCGGUCCAGUCCUCAUCAGUGCUUGACAACACUCCACAAGCCUUCGGAGACAUUGACAAAUACUAUGUAGGCAGUCAACCUCAACCUCAUCAACAACUACAACAACAACAGCAACAACACUUAGCCAAGUACUCCGGACUACAGUCACAAAAUGUGCCAAGUUCUUCGACAGCAUCGCAGAUGUAUGACCACUCCCAAAUGCUACAUCUGCAGGCUCAACAUCCUACGCAGCAAGGUUUCAGUCAUCACCAGUUACAGUAUCAGCAACAGCAGCAAUUAAAUCAAACGCAUCAUCAGCAUUCACAACAGCAACAACAGCAGUCGUCAAAUCAACAAAGCCUUCCUGCCUCCCCAAGUCAUAUAACUCAGGGCUUUCAGAAUUUACGGGUCACAUCUACCCCCGUUACGCGGACUGAUGUGACCUCGGCAAUGUCCAGGUCAUAUGGUGUUGUCUUCUCCCAGCCGGUCAGUGGGAUCGCCUCUGGUGUGUCGCGGCCUAUGGUGAAUUCCUCACAUGUGGGCUAUAUAGGGGAUGGUCAACAGCAGCUUCUUGGUCAUGCGAAUGUCGCGACUAGUCAAGGCCAGGAUGAACAGCGUGGUGCCAAUCCUGUCAGCAUUAUUAGAGAAGAUGACAAUCCAGACUCUCAGCCUUAUUACAAGUACACUGGGGCCGGCAGUGGCAGUAGUGCCGGCUCAGGCUCUGCCUCCAAUGGCAACAACAGUGACUACUACAACCUGAACCAGCUGGAUGAGAACUUUCAGAUAGCCCAGUACCACCAAGAAAUCCGCAGUCACUAUGCCCAACAGAAUCCCGGUGGAAACCUUUUGGGAAAAGGCAUGCUGGGACUGGCUGCCAGUGACCUUGUAGAUCUCAAAACACCCUCAGCUUCUUCCAUGAAUUCUUCUGGGGUAGGAAGCUUUAUGUCACAAGAGGAGCUGCCCUUACCUCCUGGCUGGUCAGUGGACUGGACUGUUAGAGGUCGCAAGUAUUACAUUGACCACAACACCCAGGCCACACACUGGAGCCAUCCAUUAGAAAAGGAGUCUUUGCCGACCGACUGGGAGAGAAUUGAGUCAAAGGAGAGGGGUGUCUACUACUAUAAUCACAUUACGAGAACAGCUCAGUAUCACCACCCGUGUAACUCUGUGUUACCCCAGCCAAGCAUGUUGCUAAGCUAUGGUGCUGCUGCUAUACCCGACCGGAUACCGCCCAAUUUUGAGUUCAGACAGAACAAGCAACUUGUGCCAGCAAAUCCUUACUUAAACACAGAAAUUCCUGAAUGGCUCAUUGUAUUUUCAAAAGCACCCCAAGAACAUGAUCAUAAGUUGAAGUGGGAGUUGUUCACCCUAAAGCAACUGGAAAAUUUUGCUGCUCUCUUGAUUCGUUUGUACAAACAAGACCUGGAGCACAUUGUGAUGAGCUAUGAGCGUUACCGCAUAGCGCUGAACAGAGAGCUGGACAGACGGAAACUGGAGAGACAGUCGCAACCACAGACCCUGGCCAUCACCAACAUACCCUACCAACCCUCUCUAGUUCAGCAGCACCAGCUGCAGCUGCAACUGCACCAACAGCCAGUGGCGCAGCAACAGCAGCUGCAGCAUGGUUCAGUGCAAGUGCCAUAUCAGCAGCAGCAGCAAUCCAGUCAACAACAGCAACAGCAGUCGUCCCAGCAGCAGCAGCAGCAGCAGCAGCAGCUUCAGCCAAGUCAACAACAGUCCCAGCAACACAUUCUUUUGACUCAAAAUAUAGAGACUAAAGUGUAGUUGUUUUGUGUUUGAGAGAGAGAGAGACAGAGAGAGAGAGAACUCUUGUCACAGUAUACAGAUACUUAAAACAGGAUUGUUUUGUGACAGAGAAAAGGGAGAGAGUGGGUUUUUUGUUUUUUUUUAUUGCUUUUAUUUUCAUUCAAAUACAGAGCCUUGUAUGAGAAUGUUUUCAUCCAGCUCAAAAAGUAGAACUUCAAGUAGUACAGCCUCGAGAGAGAAAUGUAGAGAAUACAGAAUGUCUUAGUAAAAAAGCACCCAUAACUCGGUCUUCUUUGCCGCAAUUUCAACAAAACUUUGAAGAAAUAAAAUUCUACCAAAGCAUCGUCAAAUUUGCCAAUAUGAGAAAAUUGACUAAUGUGUUCCAAAAAUAUUAAGCAUUUAAAAUUUCGUCCAAAAUUUUUCAGCUUCGUAAAGAUCAACAGUAAUGUGUAUUUUGUGCAUCACAGAACAAAUCUAUUUACAACCGACAUUGCCAAACAAAUCCGGGGAAGGCGAUGGCUAUUUAAAGUAUACGUACCAAGUGUUGCCCAUUUCUCUCCACACAAGCUCAGAUUCACUGAAAAUUUAGAACGAUUCUAUGACAAGUUUCUGGAUCGUUCUUUGACCCUGCUAUUUUAACUUUGAGUUUCUGCGUUUGUUUGUUUGUUGUUCUUAUAGACUGUCUUUCAAAAACCCUCAAAAGGAAGCGAUGCACUUUGAAUAGGUCCUCUCUUUUUGAUACCCUGUGUGUGGCCAUGACAGUUUAGAAUAAUAUUUGUUAUUUAAUGCCAAUUAGGCUAUGGUUGAUUUUUUUCAAGAAGCUGUAAAGUUCUUAUCGUACUCAACUUUGCUUGAAAUUUUAAAAACCUAAUAUUUUUCAAACUUAUUGAUGUUCUUCAUAUUGAUAGAUUUGACCUCUAAGUUGAUUAUUAUUAAUGGAAGUUUUGUUGAAAUUAAUGGAAAGAAUACUGAGCUCUUUAUAUGGGUCCUUUUUUUUUACGCCCUCUUUAAGAAAAGUGCUGGGGGGUUUUUGGGUAGUGUAUUGUUUUGUAGUCUGUUGUUUUAAAAUGGUGCAGUACUUAUGUAUGUAAUAUCUUAGUCUUUUAUGUGGAUGACAUUUUAAGGAACAUUAUUUACUAUCACUUUCUGUCCAGUUCUUUUUCCCUAUGAAAUAUUUAACACUUUGCAAUCACACAACCAGCAGUACAAAUUACCCCAUGUGGUCUCCCAGCCAGGAGAGUGACUGCAACGGAUUUCUCAGGCCUGGCGCCAGGUGACCGGAACAGAUUAUUUUCACCGGCGCACAUUAUUGCGCCAAGUGACUGCAAAGUGUUAAAAAGCAUAUGUCUUUUCCUUCGCCUGUCUUGCUACCUCAAAUUUGAUAUAACUUAAUGUUGAAGACACUUGUUGCUGCUAGACAACACAACAUUUGCGCUUAAAUGUGGCCAGCAUUUCUUUAUCAUUUUUUAGUUUCCUCGAAAGACAUAUAGUUGGGCACAGAUGAGUCAAACAUGUCUGGGAUUGACAAAGGUGCUUGACACUUCCAUAAUUCGGGAAAAGCAUAUAGCGAAAAAUUUAAAAAAUAUCAGUCCGGCAAAUUGUCCAACUUAUCCGUAAUUUCAAGUUUUUCGUGUUCUUAUCUGUGCCAGACUGUAUUGUUUUGAAUAAUUUGACUCUGUAAUUGACAAUGAACUGCUCGAAUUUGUUCUUGUUUUUCUCUGCAUAUGAAAUCUUCUUGAUCCUGGUGCUGUUUGGCUUGCUUAUUUCCCGCUAUUCCCUGCACCAACAUUUGCACUUCCCAAUUUUAAAUGUUAAUGCUGAUAUGCAAGACGGUUCAUGAUAAAGAGAUCAAAGUCCCAUUGAAGGAUGGAGAGGAAUUGUCAUUGGUGCUUUAUGUUUUAUUCCGGUUCUGUUGUUUGUGGCAAAAAUAGCAGUGUAAUUUUAAGAAAGACAUUUUGUAUGUGAUGCGAAUUCAUUGUAAUUCUUCUUUUAUGAUUUAUGGAAGAAAUGAGCAGUAAUGGUAUUUUUAUGACUGCUUUUAAAGGGGAAGACUCGUAACCGAUGAAAUUUGCUGGUCUAGCUGUUUUGCAGAUCAGCAACAGUCUCGACUGUAAAUACAAAUAAAGCGAUAUAUCCUCAAAGUGUUUUAUGUGUGAUUCAGAUUCGCUUGCUUUCUAGUUUUGGAAAUGGAGUGUUCAUUGUCUGUUUUUUUUAGAGAAAGAGAAUGCCUGUGUCUGGAACACAGGACUGCUGCUGAUAUUGAAAGUACACAUUUAUGUCUCGCAGACCCUGUGUGGUCAUUGAUUGUUGACAUGUUUUGUCUCCUCUGUGUAUUUAUUGUAUUUGUAGUGAUAAACAUUUCCUCCAAUCAAA